GAUUGCUCCCACUGUCGCGAGGAUUCCGAUUGUGUGUUGCUUGGAUGAAUUGGACGGGGUUUGGCUUUCACUACGUUGAUUUUGCUAUCUUUUGAUAUUUAUAUUUGGGAAAUAAUCUGAAAAGUCUCUUUCAGUUACUUUAACCCUCAAUUGUGAAAAGAUCUUCUUUUUUCGAAGAAGCACAAUGGAGGAAGAAGGUCGGCCCAGAAAAUUGGUCAAGCUCGACCACGACGAGUCGCAACCACAGCACUCGACACCCGCUACGAUGGCGGACCCAGCGCCGGCGGCAGAGUCCACACCAGCCCCAGCCGAAGCUCACGACGAUGAAAGCACUACCAUACCGAACAAUGGCGCCGCCCUUAACGAACCCACCGACGAAACCGGCGCACCCACCAUCUCGAAGCGCGCCAUGAAGCGCCAACGUCGCCGGGAGCAAUGGGAAGAAGGGCGUGAGCAGCGCAAGGUCAAGCGGAAGGAGCGGAUUCAAGCCCGCAAGGAGCGCCGGCGGGCGGAGCUCGAGGUCGCGAAGCAGGAAGGCCGCGAGGCGGAGUUCCGCAAGGAGCACGAGCGUACCCCCGCGCGGUUCCGGAAGGGCACCCUGCUGCCGCUGACGCUGAUUCUGGACUGCGGGUUCGACGAGCUGAUGAUUGAGAAGGAGCGCAUCUCCCUGGGCUCGCAGCUGACCCGGUCGUACUCGGACAAUAGCCGCGCGCCGUUCCGGUCGCACCUGGUGAUCUCAUCGUUCAACAAGCUGCUGAAGCAGCGGUUCGAUACCGUGCUGGCCAAGACGUAUGAGAAUUGGAAGGGGAUUAGGUUCCUAGAGGAGGACUUUGUAACUGCCGCGGAGAAGGCCAAGGAGUGGAUGGUUGUGCCGGAGGGUGGGCGCUUCGAGGGCGUCUUCGCCGAUAAGACGGAUGCGAAGCCCGAGGAGGGCGAGAUCGUCUACCUGAGCAGCGACAGUCCGCAUACGCUGACGGAGCUCAAGCCGUUCAGCACCUACAUCAUUGGUGGACUGGUGGAUAAGAACCGCCACAAGGGCAUCUGCUACAAACAGGCCGUCGAGAGGGGCAUUAAGACGGCGAAGCUGCCGAUCGGUGACUACAUUCAGAUGGCCUCGCGUCAGGUAUUGGCCACGAACCAUGUGGUGGAGAUCAUGUUGAAGUGGUUGGAGGUGGGUGAUUGGGGCAAGGCUUUUAUGGAAGUCAUUCCCCAGCGUAAGGGUGGCACUUUGAGAGAGUCGGUUGAUGAGUCGGGGGAGCAACAGGAUGAGGAGGCUGAGGAGGGAGAGGGUGAAGAUGAGGCAGCCAUGUUCAUGCUCCGCAACGUGAGCAAGUACCUCUUCGGAGACACUUCCAAGGAAUCUAUCAUCGAAAUUCCUCAGGGUCAACUCUACCUUGUCCGCCCCCUCUCACCCAAGGGAUAUUCUGAGCUCAUCUUCAAGGACGCCGCUGCUUCCAUCAGACGUACCGGCCAAGAAUUCCAGUACCAACUAGUUAUUCAACGUGCCUUCGAGGAAGGCGAAGAGGAGCUGGCCGAGGACGAGGACGAAGAAGCGAGUGAUAGCUUGGACAAAGACGAGAAGGUAUUCCUUCUCGACCAGGCUUUGCACUUUCGCUCCGAGGUCCGUGAAGGUGGUUCCAAGAUCUUGGCUUGGAGGGACCUCAGUGGCGACAUAGGUGACCUCUUCGAAUUUGUCUGCGAUCCUUCCGUGCCAUCGGACAAGGUCGCUACUUUUGAGCUGGCCGCCCUGCAGUGCCAGUACGAGCGGACGUAUCGACGCAGCGCGCAGAAGGCCACUCGCGAAGAGUUGCAGGAGUUUUCCUUCCAAGAAGAGAAGCCCAUCCCGUCUGCAAGCCCCAUCUCCUCACCCACAAAGUCCCGCGAUCACUCGAUCGAUUUUCCCGACGCAACAACCGCCAUGGCGAAGGACGUGGAAUACUCCAAGUCGAAGGGUUUUAUCAAGCCUGCCGCUUCUAAGGAUGAGUCUACUGUUGCCCCGCCCUCGGCGGCUCAACCGGAGGCGCGCGAGAUCCUGACCCGGGAAAAAGCCGAACUGCACCUUUUCGAUUUUCCCACCGGUACCUUUGUGCAGCAAGAUGCUCACGUGACCGCCACGGUCUCUGAAGUUGGCGACUGGCAGUACUGGCUGCAGAUUAGCGGCGAAGACAAGGAAUGGCUUGGGCAGGCAGUCGUCGCAGACAUUAAUCCCGUCUUCAACUUUGAGUACUUGUCAUUUAUCUUCAAUGCCUACAGUGAAGAUGGUUCGGCCUAUUCUUGGCUCCUGCGCUUCCAUGAUCAGGAGACGGAAGAGAGAUUUCAGGAGGGCCUCAUGCAGGCACUCUGGGAGCAGUUGAAUGAAAUGAAAUGGGCCAAGGUCAAAGAAAACGAGAAGGAGUAUGUUCUGGAUGCCUUCCAGGAUUUGACUAUGGAAGAUACGGAGGAGCAAGAAGCCGAGGCUGAGGUUGAAGAAGAGGAGUCUGAAGAGGAAGAUCAGGGUGACGGCCAGCGCAGCGAGCACUAUGAUUCGGAUGAAGAAGAAGACGAUGUGGUCACGCGUGAAGAUGAUGGCAAUGUCAACUCUCAAUUGGCCGUCGGCUACAAGCACGAUCGCUCGUUCGUGGUCCGUGGUUCUAAGAUUGGCGUCUUCAAGCACACUCCUAAUAACAACCUCGAAUUCUCAACCAACAUCUCCAAGGUUGAGACCCCUAAGGGCAAGCUCUUCAGCCCUAAGAAGGUCAUGCUCCACGCUGAGGAUUCGAACAUGAUCCUCCAGAAUGGCGAUGACCCGAACUCUCUCUACCGCAUGGACUUGGAGUACGGUAAGAUUGUGGACGAGUGGAAGGUGCAUGAUGACAUCCCUGUCCACACCUUUGCUCCCGAGAGUAAAUUCUCCCAAAUGACUUCCACACAAUCUUUCAUUGGUGCCUCAAAGAAUGCUCUCUUCCGCGUUGAUCCUCGUGUUGCCGGAAACAAGUUGGUGGAAUCUGAGCUGAAGCAGUACGCCAGUAAGAACGACUUUUCUUCGGUGGCUACCACGGAGAAGGGAUACAUUGCCGUUGCUUCCAACAAGGGUGACAUCCGCAUGUUUGACCGACUUGGUAUUAAUGCAAAGACUCAUAUCCCUGCCUUGGGUGAGCCCAUCAUCGGUCUGGAUGUGUCUGCCGACGGUCGCUGGGUUUUGGCUACGUGCCGCACCUACCUCCUGCUCAUCGACGCCCUGCAAAAGGACGGCAAGAACGAAGGCAAGCUGGGCUUCGAACGUUCUUUCGCCAAAGACUCCAAGCCCCAACCACGUCGUUUGGGUCUGCAACCCGCUCACGUCGCCCAGUUCCAGCAUGAGACUAAGAAACCAAUUGCCUUCACUCAGGCCCGCUUCAACACGGGUGUUGACUCGCAUGAGACAUCGAUUGUCACUGCCACUGGUCCCUUCAUCAUCACCUGGAGUUUGAAGAAGGUCAUUGCUGGCCGCAAGGACCCCUACACUAUCAAGCGGUACGGUGAAGAAGUUAUGGCAGAUAACUUCCGCUUCGGUUCAGACAAGAAUGUCAUUGUGGCGUUGCCCAACGAAGUCAACAUGGUUGCGAAGAAGAGCUUGCUGAAGCCGACGCGGGAGAGUAUCGCUGGUCCCUUGCCCAUGACUCCUAGGCGCCGUACCCAGUGGGGUAGUCGUCUGGGCCGGGAUGAUAUUGUGAACUCACCGUACUGAAAUUGAUUUGGUAGUUUUCUGUUUCAAUUUAUCGCACUGCAUACCCCUCUGUGUUACUGUGUUUUUAUUUUUGAGUCAACCCUUUACUUGGUGUGUCAAUUUUCCUGCUUUGCGCCACGAACUGUAAUGUCUGGCUGGAAUGUUCUGACGGUCAGAUUGGGUCUGGCGAAUGAUACGACGAUGAUACUUCCUCUAGGUAGCUCUAAGUAGUGGUAAUCAAAGUAUACGAAUUACGAGAUGACG